UGUGAAAUCCAGAGCGCUGGAGCCAUUUUUGCCACCCGCAAUAUCUAAACGCUCCCCGAAUGGUACCUGGAGGCAGCUCGGAGGGGAGCGAGCCCUGGGGCUGUGUGCGCCCGUGUCCGGUUACGGGAGCCUGGGGAACCUGCCUACAACACAGCCUGAGUGGCAGCCCAGCUCCCCCACCCAUCGGGGCCCUGGGAGAGAGGAGAGCCAUUGGGCUAAGCAAGCCUUUCUGCCCGCCUCCGCCAAAGCAUCACCACGUGGUCCUCCCCUAGCAACCGGAGGGGAUGCCUUGGUACAGGCAGCUGGGGCAGAGAGAAGGCUCCGCAAGCUGGGGUAUUUGUGUUAGGUAGGUGUAAGGCUCAGCUGACUGAACUCUCUAGCGUGAGCUGUGACAGCUGCCUCCUCCCAAGCACCCAGCCAUUAGCGCAACAAUCUGCAGCUCACUUUGCAUUUCCUGCACGAUCAAAAAGGCAUCCUGCAAAAAUGAGUCACCCUCACCCUGGGUCACUCGCAACCUACAACAGCCUUACAGACAGACACUUGGCUGGAUACUUCAGCAAUACAAGGAUAAGACGGCAUCUUCAGCGAUCAGGGCUGAUCUCAAGAAGUGGAAGAAUAAUAUCUGAGAAGGAGUAUCGGCUAAAUGCUAUGAGGAAGGAUCACCAAAGAUACGUACGGGAAUGCCUAGCUCAGGCCAUAUUUCACAAGGUCCUUGACAUGGAGGCUUUCUUGCACUGGCAGCGUCAUCAUCAGCUAGAAAUAAAAAGAAAACUGGAAAAUGUUGUGAGGAAGGAGCGGGUUCAGAGAAUCAAGGUGGGACGAUCAGGAAGAUCAGUGGAAGAUAUUAAUCCUCUGCUCUCUCCACACCCACCUGCUGGCCCAAGAAAUCACUAUGGGCGCCAUGCUUUAGUUGAUGGAGAGCAAUCUGGCCCUUCGCUAUCAUCUUCCUCUCCUCGGCCAAACACAGCACCAGGAAAUAUGCAACGCCCAGUCCGACUACAGCCACUUCCUGGAUAUCCUACAGCAGGAUCCACACUCAAGACUUCUUCGAGAUCCAAACAAAAGCUCUUGGAACUUGAACAUGAUCAUCAGUUUCCCAAUGGGGGAGAGAAAAGCAUGAUGAGGCUUAUGAACUCAGUGGAUUAUUCAGGUGGAUUAUCCCCAUAUCAACUUCCCAUCAUUAACAAUUACGUGAUACCGGUGCCACCUCCACCCCAAAAAGGAGAUAAGAACAUAAAAGGAGUUAGGCAUGGGACUUCCAGGGGCAGGCGCUUUCGCCCGACCACUGCACCAAAUGGCUUCGAGCAGCUGUUAACAAAGGACUCGGGAAAAUUCCAUAAGCCCUCAUUACACAGCAAUGCAUCUGUUACAAUGAUCUACUUAGGAAAAAGUGUGCACUUGUCUCAUGAUGACACUGAUUACAGAGAUGAAAUCAAAGUCUAUCAGCAACAUUGUGGAGGAGAAAACCUUUGUGUCUACAAAGGCAAGCUACUGGAAGGAGAGACCUUUCACUUUACCUCAAAGCGGCACCAUGGUUUCCCCUUCAGUCUCACCUUUUUCCUCAAUGGGAUACAGAUGGACAGGCUGAGCUCCUGCUGCGAAUACAAGCAUCGGAAGGGUGUGAGAUUGGGAGGCAAGCAUGGAUACUUUGGCUUUGUGAAUGUGGAUAGAGCGUCUCCUUGCUAUAGGUGUAUCAUUGCAAUGGGCCUGGACAAAAAACCCUCUCCUCCAAAGAAGAAGAUGAAGGAAGACUAUGGAGAAAAGCAAGAGGAUUCUGUGAAGGAUGAAGAGAACAAUGAGCCAAGUGAGGGCAGCGUUGAGCAAGAGGUGACCAAACACUCGACAGUUGAAAUUUCAUCAGCUCACGGAGAGGGUCAGGAGCCUGCAGAGGACAGCGUGGAAAUUGGAGAGGAGGAAAGAGAAGAAGAAACACAAAAAGGACCUGAGGAUGAGUCUGAAGAUGACCAGGAAAAUGCUAGUAAAGAUGAGUAUGAUGAAGAUUUUGAAGCCGACGAAGAGAAAUCAGAUGAGAAAGUUAAUGAAGAAGGACAGGCCAAUGAUCAAAUGAAUGGAAUGUCAAAGUCACCCUCAGAUGAUGAAAAAGAUAAUUUAGACCAUGAAAAGGAGAGUAAAAGCUCAUCACAGAAGGCGCUGCAGGCUUCUGACAGCGAGAAAGAUGAAAGUGAUGGAUACUCAAACAGUGACUCAGAGGAAGAUAAACAAGAUAGGAACUCUGCAUCCUCUCUCUCAUCCAGCAGUACUCUGUAUAGCAGUGAAGACGACUCUGAAGCUGAAAAGAUGAAAGACCAUGUUAAGGGCAAUGAAAAGGAAGACAUUGACAGGACAGCGACACGUGAGAAGUAUGGAAAUGAGACUUGGGAAAGCAAACCUGAGGAAAAUCAGGAAAUGGAUGCAGUGGAGGAGGAAGAAAUGGAUGAAGCAGAAGAGACAAAAGCAGAGGCUGUGAUGAGGGAAGAAGUUGAGGUUCUUCAUGGACAUAUGAUGGAAAUACAUCAUCAAGGCACAGAUGAACUCAAUGGGGAACUCAGACCUGUAGGGUCAAUAGAAAAUAAUGCAAGGGAAGAGGGGGAGAAGGAUGGAAGCAACACGAGGGAAGAUGGGAAGGAGGUUGUUCUAGUGCAUUUGGAAGGCAGCACUGUGGAAGCAGAGGCUACAAACAAGGAUCCUCCUGAGGUUGAUGAAGGAGGUGAUUGCAAAUCAGUCCAAGAGAAAAUAGCAGAGGCAAUUGAAAAUGGCCAUCAUUUGAGUUCUGAACCUGAGCCCAGUGAUUCCAGUACAGAUGAAGAAGAGGAGAACUUAACAAGUACAGCUCAUGAUAUAAAAGAAGAUGGAGCCUUCUUGGCAGAAGCAGCAACAGCAUGUGAAAAGCAGAAGGCAGCAGAGCAAGGGGUACAAGAGGAAAAAGCACUUGAGGAGCAGGAGGAGUUUGUAGCUGAGGAAGGAGCCACUGACACUGAAGAGGCAGGCAAUGAAACAGCUCUGGAGUUAGACUUACUGGCUAAGAAAGAAGCAGCAGCUGUGAUGGGACAGACAGUGGAGAAUGUACUUACUGUAAAAGAAGCAGCAUCUGAGGAGAAGGCUAUAAUGGAAGAAGCUCUGGAAGAGAGUAGGGUAGGAAAGGAAAUGGCAUUUCAGGGAGAGGAGGCAUCUGAGGGAAAUGUAGCUGUGGAGGAAGACGUAAAUGAAGGAGAGGAGCUAGUAGAAAAGGCAGCAUAUGAGGGAAAGGUGGUGGAGGAAGUAUCACCUGAAGGAGAGGAGGUUGUUGAGGAGGUGCCUGAGGGAAAAGAGGAUGUGGAGGAAGCAGAAUCCGAGGCAGAGGAGGCUGUGGGGAUGGCAGGAGGUGUGGGAAAGGAAGAUGUAGGGGAGGCAGCAUCUGAGGCAGAGGAGGCUGUGGAGGAGGCAGAAUCUGAGGGAGAGGAGGUUGUGGAGGAUUCAGUUGCAGAGGCAGAGAAGGCUAUGGAGAAGGCAGACUCCACAGGAAAGGAAGUUGCAGAGGGGAUAGAAUUGGAAGGAGAGAAAGUUGUGCAGGAGGCAGCUUCUGAGGGAUGGGAGACUAUGGGAGAGACAGAAUUUGUUCUGGAGGAGUCAGUAGAAUCAGUGAAGGUUCCCAUACUGGGAGCAGCAACUGAAAUGGAGGAAUCAGUAGAAUCAAGAAAGGUUCCCAUCGGUAAAGCAGUAUCUGAAGUGGAGGAGGCAGCAGCAGCAAAAACAUCUGAGGAGGAGGAGGAUGUAAUGGAAACAACCCCAGAGGAGGGAGAGACAAGAAAUGAGGCCACAGAAGAGGAGUCAGAAGUAGAGGAAUCGCCACCUCUGAGGGAAGAAACCUCAUUGGACAGGGAAAUAAAAAGGGACACUGCAACAGAGGAAGGAGCACACAAAGAUGGGGAGAGCAUAGUGGAAGCAUCUGAAGAGGAAGCAGCAGCAGAAGAUCCAGAAUCUGAAGAGGAGGUAGUAGAAGAAGGAACAGACAUAGAGGAGUCAGUGCCUGAGGAAACACCAUAUAUGGGAGAAGAACUGCUGGAGGCUGGUGAGGAGGAAGUGAUAGAGGAAACAGAAGAGAAGGUGGUGUCCCAAAUAGCAGUUCCUGAAAAGAAGUUGGUAAUAGGAAAAAAGGUACCUGUUACUGAAGAGGCAGUAGAUAAAUCCACAAUAAAUGUAGAGGAGGUGGCUGAGGGAGCAGCAGUGGAGGGUGUGGUGGUAACUGAGGGGAUGGCAAUGGAGGAAGUGGAGGUGGGUGAGGGGGUGGCUGAGGAAUCAGCAGAGAGAGAGAGAGAGGGAGAGGGAAUGUCAGAAAUAGAAUCUGAGGAGGCAAUGUCAGUGGACGCAGCAGGCAAUGGGACAGUAAUGGGCAAUGAAACACCACCACAAAGGGAGGAGAUAGUAGAGAAAUCAGAACUUGGUGAGAAAGAAAAUGCAGAAGUAUUAUCAGACUGGGAGGUGCAGACAGCGGACGGAGGACAUGAGGAGGGCAUGGAAGAGGAGGAGGCAGGAUCGGAAGAGCAGAAGGUGAUGACAGAGAGGAUAACACCCGAAGAAGAUAUGAGAUCAGAGAGAACAUUGCCUGAGGUGGAGAAAUUGAUGACGCCAUCAUCUCUGAGGGAUGAAGUGGAAGCUGUGGAAGCAGCACCUGAGGUAGAAGGUGUGACACAGGAAAUGGCAUAUCACCCAGAUGUAGUGGAGAAGCAAGCAGUCCUUGUGGAAGAGAUAAUGGCAAAAGUGAGACACACAGGUGGGAAUGACAGAACAGAGGAGCGAGAGAUGGAGACAGUGGAGGAGAAAAUCACACUGAAACAAUUAGACACAAAUGAAAAAAUAAAAAUAGGAAAGACAGAGACUUUGGCUGAAUAUCCACAUGGGAUUCAUGGGCGUACAGAUCUGCUUGAAGUCCAGCACAAGGAAGAAAGCCUUGAACAUAUAAAGACAGACACCAUAGAAACGUCCAUUACAGAAGAGAAAAACUAAGGGGCUCUGUGGCACAUGAAUGCUCUAGAGCUGGACAUAAUUAUCUUGCCUUCGAUACAAUCCCUGGAUGGGGGAGAAAGACACAUCUGAGCAUCCUCUGCAGUUCCUUCAAUGAUCUUAUUUUAGUAACAUUUUUUUACAAAUCACUGUAGAUUUGUGUGGUUUGGGACAUUCCUUCCCCAUCUUCAUUUGAUUUGAUGAGUAGCAUAACCAUCUGUUUGUUUACUAGACCAGCAACGGAAUGUGCAACAGAUAACUGAACUAAGCUUACAGAGCUAGUGUAGGAAAUCACACUCCUUUAUCAUUAUGACGACAAUAAUAAUAAGGAACUUUCCACAGCUGUCAUGAAUUUCUUUUCGAACUACAGAGAAUUCUUACAUUGGUUGAACUUAAAUUCCCCAGCCCCCAAAGAACUCAGUGGGUUUGUGAUGACUAGCUUGAAGGGAGGAGGAGGCUUGCUGGCACUUUAUGUAUAAUAAUAGAAAGUGCAGUGUACGUAUGUAUAUAAAAUUGUAUAUAUGUGAUUGUAUCCUCCCCCCACACACAUCUGUUGCAUGUCAAUUGCAUUUGUAGAUUGUAAACUCUUUAAGACAGUGGCUAUGUCCUCAUGUAUGUAUAUGUGGUUUCCUAGCACAAUAAGGUCUGGAUUCUGACUGGAGCAUCAAGGUGGCAUUGUAAUGUAAAUAGUAGUAAUAACAAUAAGAAGCCCAAUUCUGAUCUCACACAUCGAUGCCACUGGGAACUGUGCUAUCUAAUGGAGGAAAGAAUUGGGGGCUGUAAGGGUAAUUCCUUCCCUCUGUUGCAUGCAUCCAUUAGUGGAGAAAAUGGCCAUAGAGAGGAUUUUUCCCCCCUUCUACAUCCAGAGGAGCAGGUCAGAACUGGACUUCAGAGAGCAUUAGGUAAGGGGAGGAGUCAACACGUGAGUGCACCUUGGCUGUAGCUCUAAUGAAAUCUAGUCAGGCCCCAGAUCCUCACCUGUGCACAUGCUGGGGUAUAGAGAAUACAGUAGGUGGGCAUGCAUACUGCCUUGCUGCUACUGCUUAAAGGCAUAAAGAAUGGCCCACCAGGCAGGUUCCUGCUGCUCUAUGCCCACGCUAAGCCAGCCUCUGCAUCUGGGCCCCAUCUGUGUUUGACUGCUGCGGAAGUGGUCACAUAAAUCUGACUGUGUUCCGCUGGCAUUUCCAGCCAAGUUUGAUUUGCUUCCCAUAACCAUUCACAGAAGCAGAUUUUGAUUUGGAAGAAAGUUCCUGGAAAGAGAGUUGUGCAUGCUUGAAUGUCCAUACACUUGAGCAUUCACUCGGGGAGGGGCGGUUUGACUAUCUUUAAAGC